UGGAAGAGGUGGCUUGUCAGUCUUUCUUAUAGAAGUAGUGCUCCGUUAGGUUCUCUGUUCUCCCGGCUUUUGUCUUAGGAUCAGAAGGCUCAUUGUUACUAACAAUGAAGCGACUUUGGGUCGUUGGUCUUCUUUGCAUACUUUUAGCUUUUGCUGCUGUAAAGGCAGAGGAUGAACUUGAUGUCGAUGGAACAGCAGAGGAAGACUUGGGUAAAAGCAGAGAUGGCUCCAGAACAGAUGAUGAAGUGGUGCAGAGAGAGGAGGAGGCUAUCCAGCUGGAUGGGCUGAAUGCUGCUCAGAUUAAGGAACUCAGAGAAAAGUCAGAGAAACAUGCCUUUCAGGCUGAAGUCAACCGUAUGAUGAAGCUCAUUAUCAACUCCCUGUAUAAGAAUAAGGAGAUCUUCCUUAGGGAGCUGAUUUCCAAUGCCUCAGAUGCUCUGGAUAAGAUUCGCUUGUUGUCUCUGACCAGUGAGGAUGCAUUGGCUGCCAAUGAGGAGCUUACUGUCAAAAUAAAGUCUGAUAAGGAGAAGAACAUGCUCCACAUCACUGACACUGGUAUUGGAAUGACCAAAGAGGAGCUGGUGAAGAACUUGGGCACCAUCGCCAAGUCUGGCACCAGCGAGUUCCUUAACAAGAUGACAGAGAUGCAGUCUGACGGGCAGUCUACCUCAGAGCUGAUUGGCCAGUUUGGUGUUGGUUUCUACUCUGCUUUCCUCGUUGCUGACAGAGUCAUUGUGACAUCAAAGCACAACAAUGAUACCCAGCACAUCUGGGAGUCUGACUCUAAUCAGUUCUCUGUCAUUGAAGACCCCCGUGGGGACACACUGGGCAGAGGAACCACCAUCACACUGGUCCUGAAAGAGGAGGCCUCAGACUAUUUGGAGCUGGAGACCAUCAAGGCCCUCGUCAGGAAAUAUUCUCAGUUUAUCAACUUCCCCAUUUACGUUUGGGCCAGCAAGACUGAGACGGUUGAGGAGCCCAUUGAGGAAGAUGCAGAGGAACCAGAGAAAGAGACUGCUGAAGAUGAGGCUGAGGUAGAAGAGGAGGAGGAUGAGGACAAAGACAAGCCAAAGACAAAGAAGGUUGAGAAGACUGUAUGGGACUGGGAACUGAUGAAUGACAUCAAGCCCAUCUGGCAGAGACCAGCUAAGGAGGUUGAGGAGGAUGAGUACAAGGCUUUCUACAAGUCAUUCUCCAAGGACAGUGAUGACCCUUUGACCCAUAUCCACUUCACAGCUGAGGGAGAGGUUACCUUCAAGUCCAUCCUGUUUGUGCCCACUUCAGCUCCCCGUGGCUUGUUUGAUGAAUAUGGCUCAAAGAAGAAUGACUACAUCAAGCUGUUUGUCAGGAGAGUUUUCAUCACAGACGACUUCAAUGACAUGAUGCCCAAGUACCUGAACUUCAUCAAGGGAGUGGUGGACUCUGAUGAUCUUCCCUUGAAUGUGUCCAGAGAGACUCUGCAGCAGCACAAACUGCUCAAGGUUAUCCGCAAGAAGCUUGUGCGUAAGACUUUGGACAUGAUUAAGAAGAUCGCAGAGGAGCAGUACAAUGACAAGUUCUGGAAAGAGUUUGGAACCAAUAUCAAACUGGGUGUCAUUGAGGAUCACUCCAACAGGACACGACUGGCCAAGCUCCUGCGCUUCCAGACCUCAAACAGCGAAACAGUCCUGGCCAGCCUGGAGCAGUAUGUGGAACGUAUGAAGGAGAAGCAGGACAAAAUCUACUUCAUGGCUGGUACUAGCAGGAAGGAGGCUGAGUCUUCUCCCUUUGUGGAGAAGCUGUUGAAGAAGGGCUAUGAGGUGAUCUACCUGACGGAGCCUGUGGAUGAGUACUGCAUCCAGGCGCUGCCUGAGUUUGAUGGAAAACGCUUCCAGAAUGUGGCAAAGGAGGGUGUUAAGUUUGAAGAGAGUGAUAAGUCCAAGGAGAAGAGGGAGGCCCUGGAGAAGGAGUUUGAACCACUUACCACGUGGCUGAAGGACAAGGCCCUCAAGGACAAGAUUGAGAAGGCCAUCCUCUCUCAGAGGCUAACCAAGUCACCCUGCGCUCUGGUUGCCAGUCAGUAUGGCUGGUCAGGAAACAUGGAGAGGAUCAUGAAGGCACAGGCCUACCAGACAGGAAGAGACAUUUCCACAAAUUAUUACGCCAGCCAGAAGAAAACAUUAGAAAUCAACCCUAAUCAUCCCCUCGUCAAGCAGAUGCUUAAAAGGGUUAACGAUGACGCUGAGGACCAGACUGCAUCAGAUCUAGCGGUGGUUCUGUUUGAGACAGCCACGCUGCGCUCAGGCUACCAGCUGGCUGACACAAAGGCUUAUGGAGACAGGAUAGAGCGCAUGCUCCGACUCAGCAUGAACAUACCUGUGGAUGAACAGAUUGAAGAGGAACCCGAGGAGGAACCUGAGGAAGAGGCAGAAGAGCCAGCAGAGGAUGACUCUGAAGACAAAGAGGAAAGUGUAGAUGAGGAAGAUGAUGAAGAAACGACAAAAACAGACAAAGAUGAACUGUGAAGCACUGAAUGGAAGAGCAUGUCACAGUGGAGCUGGAAAUGGGAUUUUGAGUCUUGUUCCAGUGCCACCAUGGCUCACAUUGUCCUGGGUGGGGUUUUUUAAAGCGAGUGUUUUUUGGUUUCUUUUUCUUUUUUUUUACAUUCCUCAUGGCUGUAAAUUUGUUAAUAUUUAACUGACCUGUUUAUGGAAAGAUACGAUCCUGUCUCUUGAUCGAAUAAAUGUUUCCUGAGGGAAAAAAAACCCGA